GUUCUGUCCUCAGCCCAGCCCUCUGCACCUGUCUGCCCUCCCUCAUCUCAUCUUCUCUCGGCCUCACAUCUCUCCAGUAUACCCACGGGUGGACAAGGAGGUCUGGCUGUUUCGGUGGCUGGUGGAGGAGGGGACCUGGGAGAGAAGUACAGAGAAGACACGCGAGUACAGGAACCAUGGCUCAUUACAAGGCUGAGCAGGAUGACUGGCUGAUCAUCUACCUGAAGUAUUUACUCUUUGUCUUCAACUUCUUCUUCUGGGUGGGUGGCGCCGCGGUCCUGGCCGUGGGCGUCUGGACCCUGGUGGAGAAGAGCGGCUACCUGAGCGUCCUGGCCUCCAGCACCUUCGCCGCCUCCGCCUACAUCCUCAUCUUCGCGGGCGCCCUGGUCAUGGUGACCGGCUUCCUGGGCUUCAGCGCCAUCGUCCGGGAGGACAGGAGCUGCCUCUCCACGUACUUCUGCCUGUUGCUGGUGAUCUUCCUCGUGGAGCUGGUGGCGGGGGUCCUGGCCCACGUGUACUACCAGAGGCUGAGUGAUGAGCUGAAGCAGCACUUGGCCCGGACUUUGUCCGAGAACUACGGGCAGCCUGGAGCCGCGGAGAUCACCACCUCCGUCGACCGCCUGCAGCAGGAUUUCAAGUGCUGCGGGAGCAACAGCUCCGCCGACUGGCAGCGCAGCGCCUACAUCCUGUCUCCGGAGGCCCAGGGCCGCCAGGUGCCCGACAGCUGCUGCAAGACGGUGGUGGCCCGCUGCGGCCAGAGGGCCCACCCCUCCAACAUCUACAAGGUGGAGGGAGGCUGCAUCACGAAACUGGAGCAGUUCCUGGCCAACCACCUGCUGCUCAUGGGGGCGGUGGGCAUCGGGGUGGCCUGCCUGCAGACCUGCGGGAUGGUUCUCACCUGCUGCUUGCACCGGAGGCUCCAGCUGCAUUUUCACUGACAGCCAACCAGCCAACCGA